UGAUUUUUGUGGCGUAUAGCAACCUUUCUAUCCAAUGAAUAUGAAUUCUGAUGGCUUCAUCAUGGGAAGUUCAAGCUAUAAUCCAGUUGAUAGGCCUCUACAGUUUGAUUUUGAUAUUCCGGGGUACAGUGAAUUCCCAUUCUUCAGCAAUCAAGAGCCAAAUUUUCCUGAACUACAGCCUCCACCAACAUUUCUUGAUGGACAUGGAUUCCCUGUCCAGAACAAUGACAACAAUUUUAAUGCCUGUGUUCCUUAUUCUCAUCAAAUGGGGCAAUUUCCUAACAUGAACUUGCCUUCAACUUCAACAAUCAAUACCAAUGAACAGGGAAGUGCUUCAAAUGCACCGGUGCAGGGCCAAGAAGGCGAUCCGGCGAAGGGUUUUUACAACCCUAGCUAUGGGAAUUACCAUUUUCGAUUUUGAUUCCAAUUGAAGGAUGAAAAGGAAAAGAGAAUCAAAAUCAAAAUCAAAAUCCAAAAUAAAGAUUCAAAUUAAAGAUGAAUCAUUGUGUUUGGUUGUUAACCAUCUUUCUUUAAUUUUCUAAAGUUUACUCAAUUCAAACAUCAUGAGGGUUUGUUUAAUGAACACCUUUUAAUAUGGCUUUUGAUGAUUUGGCUGGGAUUUGAAAGCUUUAUCAGUUUUGAGUUUAGACUUAAUAAUAAGAUUGUUAUGCCUAAUUUUUAUUAGACAAGACUCAUUACAAAGCCCUUAUAAAGUUAAUUAUUUUUUUAUUUCAA